UCACUGUCCACUCAAUGUCUGCCACCGUGACUUUUUUUUCAACUAAAUGGAAUGCUCUUGUAGUUUUAAUUCAAUCUCACUCGUGUGACCGUCGGGUACAUCCGCCGUUCACUAGCCUGGCAGGCGGACGUCGUCAUGUCUAGACGGGAACCCCGGAUUUGCGGAACUCUCGCACAUGCGCAAGGUAAGCAUUAGUAUAACGUUAGGGCUAGAUCGAGGUUAGGUUAAGGUUAUGUUAAAAAUCCCGCGAGAGUUUUGCAAAUCUAGGGUUACCAUCUAAGCACGACCAUCAUGGAGGGCUUCUCUGACUGAUGAGCCUAGCAGCAAUGUUGCCGUCGCCCGUCAAUCUGGUCAGAGUGGCCGUCAGGGUGCUACCAGCCUCCGGCUGGAAACAAGGACAUGUCUGGUGCCCAUGCAGGAAUAUUUCUGUGCAACCAGGAGGAUUGAAACCAAAAACGGUUCCACGUCGAUACCUUGGGCAACCCAGCCCAUUCUCCCAUUCACACCUCCUAAAGCAUAGUGAGGUGACUCCAGGUUUGACCCAAACAGAGUAUGAGCUCCGCAGACAGCGGCUGGCCUCCCUUAUCGAGGCCCAGACGGAUCGCAUGGGACCCUCCGCCUCUUCAGCUUCCCAUGUGGUUAUUGUUCUGUCCCACCCAACCCGCUUCAUGUCUAAUGAUAUCCCAUAUCCCUUCCACCAGAACCAGGAUUUUCUCUACCUCAGCGGCAUUCUUGAGCCUGACAGUGCCUUGGUCUUGUAUGGUAAAGGCCGACCAGACCAGGCCAUCUUGUUUGUGCCCCGCAGAGACCCGGCAAGAGAGCUCUGGGACGGGCCACGGUCAGGGAAGGACGGGGCGGCUGCCUUGACUGGCAUAGAGAGAGUUCACAGCAUUGAGGAGCUGGGUGUAGUGCUCAAGAGCCUUAAAGGUUCUAUGGUGUGGUAUGACAGCUCUCAGCCAUCCCACCCUCGGCUCCACCAGAGUCACGUCCGUCCUCUGCUGGAGACGGGACCAGUGGCACAUACUCUCAGGCCCCUCAUACACUCCCUUAGGGCCCUUAAGAGCUCAGCAGAGGUGGCCCUUAUGCAAGAAGCUGGUAGCAUUACAGCACAGGCUUUCAGGAAGACGAUGGCUAUGUCUCAUGGGGAGAUCGAUGAGGCCCUGCUCUAUGCUAAGUUUGAUUUUGAGAAUCGUGUCCAUGGCGCCAAUUUCCUGGCUUACCCCCCUGUGGUCGCGGGUGGAAACCGAGCCAACACUCUGCACUACAUAAACAACAACCAGAUUAUCAAGGAUGGUGAAAUGGUGCUGCUUGAUGGGGGCUGUGAAUACUUUGGUUAUGUCAGUGAUAUCACUCGUACAUGGCCAGUGAAUGGCAAGUUCAGCCCAGCCCAGGCUGAGCUGUAUGAAGCGGUUCUUGAAGUCCAGCGGUCCUGUCUGUCUCUGUGUUCUCCAGGGGUCAGUCUGGACCACAUUUACAGCAGCAUGCUAGCCCUGCUGGGACAGCAGCUGAGACAACUGGACAUCAUCAAGGCUAGUGCCAAUGAUGCUGAAGCACUUAAGACUGCACGACGCUAUUGCCCCCACCACGUUGGCCAUUACCUGGGGAUGGAUGUCCACGACACCCCUGAACUUUCCCGCUCACAACCCCUACAGCGGGGGAUGGCCAUCACUAUAGAGCCGGGGCUGUACAUCUGUGAAGACGACGACCAGGCCCCCAAGCGGUUCCGUGGUCUGGGGGUCAGGAUUGAGGAUGAUGUUGUGAUUCGAGAAAAUGGAAGGCCUCUUAUUUUAUCUGCUGAUGCACCAAAGACCAUCGCUGAUGUAGAAAGGGCCUGUGGCCAGAGAUAGGGCCAGGCAGGGAGGGACAACCAAGUGAGCCUCAUGAGGCAGGCAGUGGACUUGUCUGUCUCACACAUCUCCACAGCACAGCAGCAACAUUACCAGACUCAGGAACCAUGUGUUUGAAGGUGGAAGCACAGUACAAGAUUUUGAUAAACUUAAGGUGGGACUGCGCGAGCCCAGUCAAAUUUUUAAAAAGUAGAUUUCUCAGGGACUUCCUUGUAGCACCCUGGUCUGCCUACAAAAUGUGCCCCAACAUUAGUUGGGAAUGAACCAGGUCUACAUACAUUGAUAAGUGUGGCAAGUUUGAACUUAAUCUGUUCAUCAGGAUGGGCAAGAGGUCCCUGAUGUGACUGCUACAAAAGCAAUGUCAUUAAGCAAAGUGUCCUUAAGAAAGGCAUUAAAGCACCCAAAUUCUUAUGUAUUGUUAGUUGUUCUGGACGAGAGCAUCGGCUACGCUCUAAAGGAAAUAUUGUAGUGUGCUUUACAAUCAACACAUGAAGAACUGACCUGGACCUAACCACAUCAGGUUGAAUGACCAUGGAAAUGGCUACAAUUUAAGAGGCAAAGAGGGUCUAAGAUCUGCAGUCUUACCCUAAGACUCUUGAAGCAUAUGGUCACAGGCCAAAAGUGCAAAAUGAAGAUGUCAUAUUUGGGAUAGGUCAGUAGUUGCAUUCGUUUGUUUUCCCUUAAAUUCUUCAGUAACCAUCAUGUCAUACCAAAAUAUAAUUGCUUGUUCACUUCCUCUUCCCUAUAUGCCUUCUCUCUCUCUCCCUCUGUCUAUCUAUUUAUCUAUCACAAACACAAUUUGAAUUAUUUUCUUGCACAUUGACAUGUAUGCGUUUUUUUUCAUUGUGUGAUUCAGAAACACCUUCAGUUUCUGUUGUUUUAAAUCACACUGAUGAUAGCUUUUUGUUGGUCUACUGUCCUAUUAAUACCUGCUAUAGUCUGCUGUCUAUACCAACACGGUGUUACCUGCUCAGAGAGGGACUGGAGCAAAUGCCGUUUACACAGUAUUGUGGGAUGUUAAAAAGGAAUUGACGAUAUCAAUUCAAGAGGCCAUCUGAAGGACCCAGCUGAUUUCACAAAGGAAUGGAUUAAGAAGACUGUCACAAAAGAGAGCCAGAUAAACUCAGAAUAGAUGACGACAACAGCCAUGCUUAGGUUGGCAAGAUCCUGUGUGUUUGUAAUUGAAUGUGCUUCCAUUAUUCUCAAACAAAAGAGAAAGAAAUUGACAGGGUAAAUGGUUGGUGGUUGUCAAACAACAGUAGAUAACAAUAGAUG